GCUGCCAGUUGCAGCCGGGAGCUGAGCAGUUCGCCUUGUUGCUCCUGCUAGGCCCGUGCUCAGACGCGCGCGCCCCGCUCGGCCAUGGAGCCAGACCCCGACGCGGAGGAGGCGCGCACGGUGCGGGAGGCGCUGGGCCACUACGAGGCGGCGCUGGAGGGCGCGGUGCGCGCGCUGCACGAGGACAUGCAGGGGCUGCAGCGCGGCGUGGAGCGGCGAGUGGCCGAGGCGCUGCGCUUGGCCGGCCCGCUGUCGCGCACCGUGGCGGAGCUGCAGCGGGACAACCAGCGGCUGCAGGCGCAGCUCGAGCGCCUGACGCUUCAGGUUGAUGCUCUGGGCUUGGCGACCGGGCUGUCCCCCGUCGCCGGCACUCCCGGCACUCCCAGCCCUCCACCCGCCACCGGCGUCAGGGACCGAGCGCCCCGCCUGGGCACCGCACGCUUCGCCAGCCACGCCACCUUCUCGCUGUCCGGCCGCAGCCAGAGUAUGGAGCACCACGAUGAAGCCAACAGCUCAGAGAAAAGGAGGAACUCCAGCUCAUGCGUCAUUGAGAACGGGCACCAGCCAGGGGCAGGUCCAGGCAACGGGCCGCUUGAGGCCACCCAAACCUUCCUGGCGCCAGACCCCCCCAAGCCUCGCCCUGUGAGCCUCUCUUUGCGACUGCCUCACCAGCCAGUCACAGCCGUCACGCGGGUCUCUGAGAGGUUCUCUGGGGAGACCUCAGCUACAACUCUAUCUCCCACGUCUGCUGCUAUUCUGGGGGCUCUCAGCCUGAGCCCCAGUGAGGCCACUACACCCUGGACUCCCAGCCCCAGUGAGAAGAAUUCUCUCCCGAGGUCUUUGUCCAGCUCUGGCUAUGGGACAGGGACGGCAGGCAGAGGCAACAGCAGCCCACCUCUGGUGACACCACCCCAGUCGCCCCCCUCCUCUCAGCUACCGGCCAAGACUCAGGCCCACUGCCAGGGAGAGCGACGCAGGGAGCUGGUGAGAUCACAGACGCUGCCCCGCACUUCAGGGGCUCAGGCCCGGAAGGCAUUGUUUGAGAAGUGGGAGCAGGACACAGCUGGCAAGGGGAAAGGCGAGACCCGGGCGAAGCUGAAGCGGUCGCAGAGCUUCGGCGUGGCCAGCGCCAGCAGUAUCAAGCAGAUCCUGCUCGAGUGGUGCCGCAACAAGACCCUUGGCUACCAGCACGUGGACCUGCAGAACUUCUCCUCCAGCUGGAGCGAUGGGAUGGCCUUCUGCGCACUGGUGCACUCCUUCUUCCCCGAUGCCUUUGACUACAACUCCCUGAGCCCCACGCAGCGGCAGAAGAACUUCGAGCUGGCCUUCACCAUGGCUGAGACCCUGGCCAACUGCGAGCGCCUCAUCGAAGUGGAGGACAUGAUGGUGAUGGGCCGCAAACCGGACCCCAUGUGUAUCUUCACCUAUGUCCAGUCGCUGUACAACCACCUGCGUCGUUUUGAGUGAGGCCCCUUGAGCCUGGAAAGCCCACUGGCACCCCUGGAGGAUGCUUCGGGGUAGCUUGUGUUCUCAAGUCAGGAUGCACCCACUCCCUGCCCCCCCAACCCAAGUUGAGUUGCAUUUUGGUGUGAGAGCGCUGUUUGUUCUGUGGUGUGUGACCUUGCUCCCUGCCCUGCCCAGCUGUAUUACUGAUUACAAGUUCUGUGGAGCUGUGCUCUGACACCACUGAUCACAGCCAAGGGCUUGAAAGGAAAAAAGAAAAAUUAUCACAGAGAGAGAAGAGAAAAAUUGGUGCUAAGUGAUUGUCUUCAUUAAAAACAACAACAAAAAAACCCCAAAUAUAUAUAUAUAUAUAUGCUUGUCUGUAGAUUUUGAAUGCUAAGGAAUAGUUUUCCCUCUGGUGAAUUUGAUACAUUGAAUUUUCAGGGUUAUUGUUGAUUACCAAUUUUUUUUUUUUAUCAAAAUACCCAGAGGUUUUUUUUUUUUUUUUUUUUUUUUUUUUACUUCCUCACACUAUUGUAGGUUCCUUUCCUCCCUUCCUCUGGGCCACUGCCAGGAAACAGAAAGACUGCUUAAUCAGCAGCUUGACAAAGAAGACCAAAGCCUGGGGAAGAAACAGUUUAAUCACUCCCAGGUCCUGGGCAACAGAUGACCUUCGAAUCACCUCAGCUCUCUGGGGAGAUGGGAAGGUUCUUGUCUUGGUCCCAAAGUGCUCCUGUAACACCCAGGAGGCCCCACAAGUGUUUGGGCUAAGAAUAGGUUCUCUAGAAGUUCACACUUUUGGGGGUGGGCUGGCCCUUUGUGCUGAAAGCUAGUUUUUAUUCACUUCUUUCUUUUUUAUUUUUAGGGGGGACUUACUGCAGAUAUUUAUAAAAAGUAACUCCAGCUAUACCACUGACCAUUUGUACAUAAAAAAAAAAAGUUGUUGAACUUCUCGGGUUUUGUUUUUUCUGUUUGGGAGAUGUGGGAGCUGUGAAUAAGAGAUUUUGCACACCUUCCAAAUAAAAAUUGACUUAAAUCCCUC